GCGCAGGCUGGGCGCGGCCCCGUGGCAGUAACCGGGGCCGGGGGCACUUCCGGCCGGUCCCUUUCUGCUUCCGGGUCGGGAGGGCUCCGCUCGGCCGCCGCCUCCUCGCUGCGAGUCCGCAGCCGCCGCGCCGCGCCAUGAGGCUGUACAGCCUGAGCGUGCUGUACAAGGGCGAGCCCCGCGUGCAGCUGCUGAAGGCCGCCUACGACGUCUCCACCUUCAGCUUCUUCCAGAGAUCCAGCGUGCAGGAGUUCAUGACCUUCACCAGCCAGCUGAUCGUGGAGCGCUCGCAGCUGGGCAGCCGGGCUUCCGUCAAGGAGCAAGAGUACCUGUGCCACGUGUACGUGCGGAGCGACGGGCUGGCCGGCGUGGUGAUCGCCGAUAACGAGUACCCGCAGCGGGUCUGCUUCACCUUGCUGGACAAGGUGCUGGACGAGUUCUGCAGGCAGGUGAGCAGGGCGGAGUGGCCGUCGGGGUCCCCCGGCACCAUCAGCUACGCGGCGUUGGACGGGUACCUCAGCAAGUACCAGAACCCCCGCGACGCCGACCCGAUGACCAGAGUGCAGGCGGAGCUGGACGAGACCAAAAUCAUCCUGCACAACACCAUGGAGUCGCUGCUGGAGCGCGGGGAGAAGCUGGACGACCUGGUGUCCAAGUCGGAGGUGCUGGGGGCGCAGUCGAAAGCCUUCUACAAAACCGCGCGGAAGCAGAACUCGUGCUGUGCGGUGAUGUGACCCCCCCGCGGGGGGCUCCUGCCCCGGCCCGCCAGGCCCUCGCCCCCCUCCUCGCAUCUCGACCUCCCCCAGGACUGACCGCAGAACCCCGGCGGCUCCUGGGCCGCUCGGCGGGGGCCGCUG